AUGAACUUUAGAGACAGGAAGGAUCCAAGAUCUCUGAGGGAGAGAGAUACUUCAAAGAGAGCCCCUCACAAGAAGGUCAACUUCGAUAUCUGUAAGGGGAUGCACAUAUAUUCCAUCCUUGAUUCUAUUGAUUCAAACAUGAGUAUGGACUCUAGUACAAGUGAGUUUGCAGCAUCAAGACCAGGAACCAAGAGGAGAAGAGUUGAUCCUGAUUAUAUAUAAGCUCUUCGAGUCUUGACUGCAACUCACAGCAGAAAUCUGCCUUUACUGUCUACCCCCAGAGAGGGAAGGUAAUAAAUGAAACAGUGAGAGAGGACUUCAUCGUGGCUGAAUGUCAGGAUACUGAUGAUGAUAUCAUGAGAGUUGACGAAGGAAUGCUUUCGGAUGCUAGGUAUGAAAAGGCUAUCCCAACCGUCCUCUUUGACCAAAACUUGCAUGACCAAUACAGAGGAAAAGGAGACUACCAAACCCACAGUGGAAAUGAUUUCAAUUACUUUGCACAGCAUCACUUCAAAUAGCAAAGGAAAAGUACAUGGGUAUCCUCUAAGAGAGACCUCCAAGGAGGGUUUGACAACCCAGCAGAUGAUGGAGUCAUAUCUCUAUGAUAACAGAAGCAAUCACAAAAAUGUUUCUGCUGCAGAGAGGCUCAAGAGAUAUGCAAUGGAGAAAGCCAGAGGGUUCAAAAUCAAGAAGGCAACACUUCCUGGGAGCUAUGAUGAUCCUAAAUUCAAAGAGUUCGCGAAGGAGCAUUCCAAUGAGUUUGUAACUUCAGUUGCAUUCAACUUCAAAACCCAGAGCAACUGUGAUAUCUCUGAUGAUGAUAGAUCUUCUAUCAACCAAUCUCUCAAUGCGAGUCUUGGUAGUAUCAGUCCAUUUCUUCCAUCUCAAGAGCAUAGCGAGAGACUGCUUAGUGACAAUAAUGAAGCUCAAAAUUAUGGAUUUACUUUAGAAGGAUCUGCUCUAGCCAACCCAGAAGAUCAUGCUGAGGAAUUGUUGGAUAUCAGAGCUAAUGGAGCAAACUCGACAAGAAGAAACCCUUUCGUCAAUGGGGCAGAUUUCAGUCUACUAAAUCCAGAGGAAGGCCAAUUUGAGUAAGAU